AUGGUUUCUCUAUCAUUUACUUUACCUAUUCUUUUCGUUUCUAGUGUUAAUGGUUUCCUAUGGGGUUGUUGUAGUUAUUCAGCUCCAUCAUAUUAUGUUCAACCAUCAGGAUAUUAUCAACCAACUGUUUCAUAUGCCUAUCAACCUCCAACUACAUAUUAUAUGAGAGUUCCAAUUUAUGCUAAAAUAAGUAAUUUACCUUCAUAUCCUCAACCAACUGGUUAUGUUCAACCUGGAGGUUAUUCACAACCUGGAAAUUAUCCUCAAACUGGAGGAUACCCAUCAUCCUAUACAUCAAUUGACUAUAAAAAUCUUUAUGUUCAACCAGGAAUUGAUCCAAAUCAAUUAACAAAUGUAGUUUUAUAUAAUAGUCCAACAAAUAAUUAUAUAACUGCUCCAAGAGUUGGAAAUACAUAUCAACAACAACCUAUUUCUCAACCAAUAUCUCAACCAACACAAGAUUCAUCAUAUGAUCCAUUCCCAAAAUAUGAUAAUAAAGUUCCUAUUAAAACAGAAGUACCAGAUUACUCUCCAACAGAAACAACUCAACAAGAAGAGGUAUAUAAAAUAAAAAAUGAACCAGCAGCACCAUAUCAUCCAUCUGUUGUAACUGAACCACAAGCUCCAUAUAAUCCUCCUUCCGUUACUUCACCACCAUAUACAGUAACUUCUGCUAAAGAAACAUCAUACAUUCCAACAUCUAAUGUUGCUAGUGCACCUCCAGGAACCAAUGAACCAUAUAAAAAAAAAGUAUAA